GCGAUCUUCCAGCAACGGUUGAUCUCGACCAGAGCGACUUGUGCGAAUGUCCGCCGUCGCCGAGGUUCCGCCGGUACGGGGAUUGAUUGAUCGGAGAAGAGAGCAUUCGAGGACGUCGAUGCCAGUUGACGACCUCAUGGCUCAAGUAGAGGGUGUUCUCUCGUGAGAGCGAGCACGGACAAUAGGGAGUACGCGAAAAGAGAAGUGCGACAAGUGACAUCGGGACGCAUCGCUGUUUAGUUUGGAGAAAAAAAGGAACGAGAGCGCGUUCCUCUCGUUGCUCGCGAGAAAAUUUUCGACGCUGAGGACAUUUGCGUGCAAGAAGAUCAUUUGUUCCAUUUCAAUUUCGUUUAUUCCGAUUAAUCUCUUUGUAUGCGAUCGUGACGAUAGUGAUCGGUAAAGUUUGCAAAGAUUUGGUGGACCGAGAAAGAGAAGGCUGCGCGAUACGGAGUAGAUGGAAUUAUCGCGGGAGCGAAGCACAGUGUACGCUCAUCUUUAAGGUCGGAGGGUGGCUGUAAGCGGUCCUGUGAUUGGUUAAGCGUGUCCGCGGGAAUCUUUUUCGCUCUGUUACGUGCGCUAAUUCGAGCUUAUCAGGCGACGUAACGCGAGGUAAAUUGAUGAGAGUCUGCGGUUGACGGCCGUUGACCGAUGUCACCCUUGUCAGGUCAGGAUCGGUCAACGUCAAGGAAGAAAGAGGAAAAGUUAGAGUGCCAAAGGGACUUGGAUUGAACGGCGAAGUUCGACAUCGCGAUCGACGUGGCUAAUUCGCGCGACAGGAUCGCGUUACGUCGACGACUAUGAGCUACACGGACUGAAACUAUCGCUAGUAUAUCCGCCAAUCCAACGGGAAACUUUCGCUCAACUCAAUUACGCUGCAACCGUGUCGUGUUCGCGCCUGCGAAAGCCAAACGAAAGGUGACACCGACCUACUCUUGGCCGUAACUCGACGCUCGUACUCCAUGAGAGAGUUAAUCGCGGUCCCGCGAACGCUUCUGGGUUCUUCGUCGGGUUCGCGAUUAAUUUAUGAUAAGUGUGAUAAGCCACCUCUGGUGUGGAUUACGCCGCGCACUGACGACGACGGGGAGGGAGUUAGUAGCACGGUUAGCGGACUCAGCGAUUAUAAUAUGGCGAGACAGGCAUAUUUCGUCGUUGAUUAAUAUGCCGACCGCGAGAAGCAACGAGGUGGGAUUUAAAAUUCAUAUCGGUCGCAUAAUCGAUAUUUUGUCACGCGCGCUUCCUUUUUGAUUUCGGUACCAUCAAGUUACCACCAAAGUUAUUUAUGUGAACUGCAUAUCAAACGACACUGCGCAAUCGAACGAAGGAUUCAUCCUGGUAUUCGAAUUAAAUCGUCGCGGCAGUUAUAAAAAGGAGAAUAGCUGGCACUGGCUUAAACUACUGAUACGCGAGCGCUUAUGGCGCUCAUUUAAUCAGAAUGAGAACUGAGAAUCCGCUGACAAUGCCGCUGCUGCGACGACAGGACGGGUCUGCGAAAUGAAAACUUCUGACAGAGACAAUGGAAGCGUCCACGCGAGUAUGACGGCCUUAUUCAGUGUCGCGGACGGCACGCUUAGGCGACCACAAACGACUCGUCAGUAAAACGGAGAAGUGUCGUCGUCUGUUGCGGUGGAGUCGACUUCCUGUUCUCGCCCCGAGGCGAGAGAACGAUCCGGACUGGAUCAGCGGACAUCGGACAGACACCGAUAAAAGGACGGUGUUAUGUUAGUGACAAGGUGUCACCCUCUAGGAGGGCACAUAUUACUUGCCCUCUUCCUCUUGACGGGGUGUUUUGCCUUGCUGUCACGAGCGGUCGCCUUCCCGGAUUGGACCGACUGCCCCGCGGUAUGUCGAUGCAAAUGGACCUCCGGCAAGAAGUCCGCUUUGUGCCCGGACGCCGGCCUGACGUCGCUGCCGGCGUCCCUCGAUCCGGACAUGCAAGUUCUAGAUUUGUCCGGCAACAUGAUACCCGCGCUACAGGCGGAGGUAUUCAAGCUGGCCGGCUUGGUAAAUCUGCAACGGGUCUUCUUGCGCAAGGCUGGCAUUCACACGAUUCAUGCGGACUCCUUCAAGGACAUGAGAAUACUCAUCGAGAUCGAUUUGUCGGACAAUCACGUGACGACCUUGGAGCCGGACACGUUCCUCGGGAACGAGCGCCUGCGUAUCCUGAUACUUAGCGGGAAUCCGCUCGGUACUCUACGUAAUCUACAAUUUCCCGUGCUGCAGCAUCUGCGGAAUUUAGAACUGGAGAAGUGCUCCUUGACCGAAAUACACAGACAGGCCUUUGCCCGCUUGAGCGGCUUGGAGUUCCUGAAGCUGGAUGGCAACCAGCUGGAAUAUCUAGAAGCCUCGGUGAUAUCCAAUCUGUCUCAAUUAAAAACCGUAUCGCUGGACGGUAACCGGUGGAAAUGCGACUGCAGAUUGCGAGAUUUUCGCAUCUGGCUCAUUCCCGACGCCCCCAGAAAGUUGUAUUCCGUUCCGCAGAUCUGUAUGGGUCCAUCGAGAUUGGCAGGUCGUAGAUGGGAAGACGUCAAGCCCGUCGACUUCGCUUGUGAACCGGAAGUAUUCGUUCUAGCGAGUAGCACACAAGAAGAGACCAACGGUAAUCUCAGCUUGGCAUGUUUGGCAUCCGGCGAUCCCGAGCCGGAAAUCUGGUGGCAGCUGAACGGCGGACCGGUUAAUGCUACUAAAUUAACCGAUCAAUUAUACACCGGGCCUCUCGUCGUCUAUACGACGUCCGAGGUCGGUGCGUCUUCCAAGUUCGACAAAUCCGUGUCGUCUAAAAUCGUCCCGGAGCGAUGGAGUAAUCUGACUGUUUACAACGCCAGCGACAGCGACGCUGGCGAGUAUACUUGUUUCGCGAGAAACAUUGCCGGCGUCGCCCGGGACACGGUCAACGUGGCGAUACCUCACGUCUACACGGCCCCGACUCUCUCUCAGAGCGACAACUGGCUCCUCUGGGUAAGCCUAGCGGGUGGCGGCGCGGCCGCCGCAUGCGCUUCCAUUUCGGCUGUCCUUCUGGCCCUUUGCUUGUGCGGCGGCAACCGGCGGCAUAGAAAGCGUGAGAAGAUGAAGCUGCAGGGUAGCAGUAGCUUCGGCGACCAAGAAAAGAAAUUGUUGGACCUGUCCGUGACCACGACUACGACGCCCGGCAAUAGCAACGACCGCGGCAGCGGCCACGGCAGCCUUGGCGAGGCGUGUAGCACCGGUGAUCUCGAGCUGGCCGAGCGCGGCUCCAUUUGCGACCCCAUGGCCGCAGCUGCCGUCACCGUCGAGCGGCUCCGACCCGCGGAGAGCGCGAUAAACGCCAUUCGCGCGGUCCCGUGCUCCGCUGCUGGAAACCUAUUUCCGCCCCCGCCACCGGAAUUCACCACUGGCGUACUGCCGGCCGGCAUCUUCGGCAACAUCUUCAUUUCCGUGUCAUUGCCGCAGGACGCGUCGUCGGAGCGCUGCUAUCCGGAUCUCCUCGACAUCCCCGUCCAUGCUGUCAGCGGCGCCGUGACGGCCGUCACAGCCAGCGGAAAGAUACCAUCAGCGGCUGUCAACGUUUCCAGCUUCGCCACGCUGCCGCGCCGGGCCUUACGUUCCGCCGAAAUUGCCGGCGCCGGGUCGCCUUACGAUAACAUGGGACCGCGCAUCACGGCGAACGGCAGUUCCGCGUUCUCGUUGACGGAUAUAGAUCUGCGACUGUCACCGCCACCGCCGCCGCGGAUCAUUCAACCGCCGCACGAAUUCGUUUCCCUCUAAAGGAGCGGCCUCCCCUCCAUAUAUUGUCGCGCAUACUAAUUUCGUAAUCGAUAAUAUUCCGCUAAUAACAUUUCCCCGAUAUACUGAGGAGUGUCCAUUAUCGGCCGGAUGUUAUUAGAUGUGACAACAAUUAGCGCGCGGUAAUAUUGACUGUAUCAUAGGAGUCGUUCAAAGACUGACUCCCUUUGAGAACGCAUGCGCGAGCUUCGAACGAGUGAUCCGUAUACGAUCCUCGAUGGAAAACGAAUCAUUAUUUUCAUGUCAUCCAAUCGCUAAUUUGACAAUGACACGCAUCACAUUAGUUGUAUCGAACAACUUUUACCCUAGCAUCAUAUGCUCGCUGAGUCAUCAUGAUCGCCAAGGACUUGGCGUUGCAAGAAUAUUGAUAUCGCAACUCUAGACUGCCAUUUGUCAAAUCAAAAUUUUUGAAUAGCGUUAUGAAAAUAAGUUAUAUAUAUAUAUAUAUGUUAUUUUUCAGCAAUUAAAAACUGUUACUUAUCAAUAACAGAAUCGAAUAUUGCGUAUCACUAUUUAUCAUAAAAAGCGAUACAAGACACAAUUCAGCUAAUGAUUUGAGAAUGAUUAAACUUUUUUUUCUUCUCUCAGAUAAUUCAAAUGACUCAAAAACGCAUAAAAAUAUCUUUAAUAUUUCUUAAACAUUUAAAGCUUUUUAAAUUUUUGUACUAUGUCUAGAUACGAAAUAGAUGAGCGUAGUUCAUUUAGGCGAUUUCUCUCGGCGAAUUUCGUCGCGUUGAAAAAGAACAUGUAAAAGAUUUACUGGAAAUGAUUAACGUAUGUCGAUGUACAAUUUUGGCGAAACACUUCUGAACACUGCGGAAUCGCACGAAUAGGUAAUCAUUGACAGAUAGCCGGGGAACACCCCAUGGGAAACGACGAGAAUGUUAGUCGUGAUUAGACAUUUCCCGCGAGUGCGGUCCAAGUCGUUCUUCCCUACGACAUAUAGUGUGAAUCUGGUGAAUCGGCAUGCCGAGAGAGGACUGAAAGGAAAUCGAUAUUGCAAGCCGUGCGUGUUACCAAGAUUAAUAUACGGAGCAUUCGAUCGAGGGGCCGAUAUCGGCCAUGACUGCCGGACACUUACUACCGAAUAUCUGUUUGUCUAUGCUUGUCUGCCUGCCUUGCCCGCUUGUCCGGCCCGCGGCCGCUUGCGCUCACGAUGAAUGCGUGUGAGUGAUGGACGGAUGCGUGAGAGAAACUUUAGAUCUAUAAAAAAAAAAGUCUCUUCUAGUCUCCGCUAAAUAAUCCGAAGCGAGGCGACGUUUGUACAUACUUUACACGACUAUUUCUUCAAACGAUGGACUUUUGGCUAGCGCGAGCCCCAAACACGCCGCGCAUCUCACAUUAUCUUCCUCCCAUUCAUUCUCCAAAGUGUAUCACUAGUUUGUUAUGUACUCUCUACGUGUGUACAUAUUUGUUAUUACAUUACAACAUUCGUGUACACGCGCGAUCCGGACGUUGCAAGUUGCGCGAACGCCGGCGCGUUAUACAUGAAUAAUAUUCAUUAUGAACACUUUGUCAAUUAAUAAAAUCAUUGAA